AGCAGUAACAAUGUCCUCCUUGGGUUUCUCCUCUCCUGGCUUUCUCCGGCUUCUUUACAUCUUGAAAUUCUUUUGCUUCCUACCAUUAGUAAUCAGUAACGAAACCGAAAAUGAUCGACAAGCUCUCCUUUGCUUCAAGUCCCAAAUCACAGGUUCAGCUGAAGUUUUAGCCUCAUGGAGCAAUGCAUCCAUGGAAUUCUGCAGCUGGCAUGGGAUCACUUGCAGUAUACAAUCUCCACGCCGAGUCAUUGUGCUUGAUCUCUCAUCAGAAGGAAUCACAGGCUGCAUAUCACCCUGUAUUGCCAACCUCACCGAUCUUACAAGGCUCCAACUGUCAAAUAAUAGUUUUCGUGGCAGCAUACCAUCCGAGAUCGGCUUCCUAAGUAAACUCAGCAUCCUCGACAUCAGCAUGAACUCUUUAGAAGGUAACAUCCCAUCUGAACUCACUUCAUGUUCCAAGCUUCAAGAGAUUGACCUUAGCAACAACAAACUCCAAGGGAGAAUACCUUCUGCUUUUGGGGAUCUUACUGAGCUACAAACACUUGAACUCGCUAGCAACAAGCUUUCUGGUUACAUACCACCAUCACUGGGAAGCAACCUUUCGCUGACAUAUGUCGAUCUUGGGAGGAAUGCACUCACAGGAGAAAUCCCAGAAUCAUUGGCAAGCAGUAAAUCGUUGCAGGUUCUUGUGCUCAUGAACAAUGCCCUUAGUGGACAACUCCCAGUGGCUCUCUUUAACUGUUCAUCACUUAUUGAUCUUGACCUCAAACAUAAUAGCUUUCUUGGUUCUAUACCACCUAUUACUGCCAUAUCUCUGCAAAUGAAAUAUCUCGAUUUAGAAGACAAUCACUUCACAGGAACAAUACCUUCAUCACUAGGAAAUCUUUCCUCCCUAAUUUAUCUUAGUCUCAUAGCGAACAAUUUAGUUGGAACCAUCCCAGAUAUCUUUGAUCAUGUUCCAACAUUACAGACACUGGCAGUUAAUUUAAACAACUUAUCUGGGCCAGUUCCACCAUCUAUCUUCAAUAUAUCAUCACUGGCAUAUCUUGGAAUGGCAAACAACUCUCUCACUGGAAGAUUACCCUCAAAAAUUGGCCACAUGCUCCCAAAUAUUCAGGAAUUAAUCCUCCUAAAUAACAAAUUCAGUGGCUCAAUCCCGGUUUCACUUCUUAAUGCAUCCCACCUGCAGAAGCUUUCCCUUGCAAAUAAUAGCUUAUGUGGGCCCAUUCCAUUAUUUGGAUCAUUGCAGAAUCUGACCAAACUUGACAUGGCAUACAACAUGCUAGAAGCAAAUGACUGGAGCUUUGUCUCAUCACUCUCAAAUUGCUCCAGAUUGACUGAACUGAUGCUGGAUGGGAAUAAUCUUCAAGGGAACCUACCAAGUUCGAUUGGUAACCUUUCGAGUAGUCUUGAGUACUUGUGGCUAAGAAAUAACCAAAUUUCCUGGCUUAUACCACCAGGGAUCGGCAACCUUAAGAGUUUGAAUAUGUUGUACAUGGAUUACAAUUAUUUAACUGGUAAUAUACCACCAACAAUUGGAUAUUUACACAACCUCGUAUUCCUGUCCUUUGCACAAAACAGACUGUCUGGGCAAAUCCCUGGUACUAUAGGUAACCUUGUUCAGCUGAAUGAACUGAAUCUUGAUGGAAAUAACUUGAGUGGAAGUAUACCUGAGAGUAUACAUCACUGCGCUCAACUCAAAACACUCAACCUUGCUCACAAUUCACUUCAUGGGACUAUACCAGUUCAUAUCUUCAAAAUCUUUUCUCUUUCUGAACAUUUGGAUUUGUCACACAAUUACUUGUCUGGAGGAAUACCACAAGAAGUUGGCAAUCUUAUUAAUCUUAACAAACUUAGCAUCUCAAACAAUAGGUUGUCUGGUAACAUCCCAUCCGCUCUUGGUCAGUGUGUGAUUCUUGAAUCUCUUGAGCUGCAAAGUAAUUUCCUUGAAGGGAUAAUUCCAGAAUCUUUUGCAAAAUUGCAAAGCAUCAAUAAAUUAGAUAUUUCUCAUAACAAGUUGUCUGGAAAAAUCCCAGAGUUCCUUGCGUCCUUCAAGUCUCUAAUUAAUCUUAAUUUAUCCUUCAACAAUUUUUAUGGACCACUUCCAAGUUUUGGUGUUUUUCUGGACACUAGUGUGAUCUCAAUUGAAGGAAAUGAUCGUUUAUGUGCAAGGGCACCAUUGAAAGGUAUACCUUUUUGUUCUGCAUUGGUGGACAGGGGAAGGGUGCACAGGUUAUUGGUUCUAGCUUUCAAAAUAGUUACACCAGUUGUUGUUGUUGUUAUCACCAUUUUGUGUUUUCUAAUGAUUCGUUCAAGGAAGAGAGUGCCUCAAAAUUCGAGGAAGUCAAUGCAACAAGAGCCGCACUUGCGACUAUUCAAUGGGGACAUGGAGAAGAUUACAUAUCAAGACAUUGUGAAGGCCACAAAUGGGUUUUCCUCCGCUAAUUUGAUUGGAUCAGGAUCAUUUGGAACGGUUUACAAGGGCAAUCUGGAAUUCCGACAAGAUCAAGUAGCCAUCAAGAUUUUUAACCUUAGCACAUACGGAGCACAUAGGAGCUUUGCUGCAGAGUGUGAAGCCCUAAAAAAUGUCCGCCAUAGAAAUCUUGUCAAAGUCAUCACUGUGUGCUCUUCAGUGGAUUCUACAGGGGCAGAAUUUAGGGCCUUGGUAUUUGAAUACAUCCAAAACGGGAACCUUCAAAUGUGGUUACAUCCAAAGGAACAUGAGCAUAGUCAAAGAAAUUUUCUGACAUUAUGCCAGAGGAUCAAUAUAGCUUUAGACAUAGCAUUUGCUCUGGAUUAUCUUCACAACCGUUGUGCAACUCCACUCGUACAUUGCGACUUGAAGCCAAGCAACAUUCUUUUAGGCCCUGACAUGGUUGCAUAUGUCAGUGAUUUCGGUCUAGCAAGAUUCAUAUGCACAAGAUCAAAUUCAGAUCAAGAUAGUUUAACAAGUUUGUAUUGCCUAAAAGGAUCAAUCGGAUACAUCCCACCAGAGUAUGGCAUGAGCGAAGAGAGAUCAACAAAGGGUGACGUCUAUAGUUUUGGAGUGCUUCUUCUGGAAAUGGUCACAAAUAUUAGUCCGACAGAAGAAAUAUUUAAUGACGGUACAAGCCUGCGUGAUCUUGUCGCUAGUAACUUUCCCAAAGAUACAUUCAAGGUUGUUGAUCCCACCAUGCUACAAGAUGAGAUCGAUGCAACUGAGGUGCUGCAGAGUUGCGUUAUUCUGUUGGUCAGAAUAGGACUCUCUUGCUCCAUGACUUCACCCAAACACCGAUGCGAAAUGGGACAAGUUUGUACUGAGAUCCUUGGAAUCAAGCAUGCGUUAUCAAAGAUAGAUGGUGAAUGA